AUGUCGAACUUUCUCUCCCUCGUAGGCUGGUACAUCCUCCCGAGACUCGCAACAUCAUGGAUCCAAUCCAUCUACUACGCCAUCACCAUCCGCGCCGGCGACCCCAAGCCAGCCCCCGGCUCCGCGCGCUUCCUCUCCCACCGCCGCACCAUCAACAUCCUUGUCGUCGCCACCUACUUGCUCUACACCAUCUACGAGGCCGGCUAUGAGCUGCGCGCCGAGCCCUCCUUCUACCAGGACCUCGGCGUGCCCCUCGGAGCCGCCGACCGUGAAAUCAAGUCGCGCUUCCGCAGGCUCGCCGCCAUGCACCACCCAGACAAGGCCGGCGCCGCUGCUGACCUCCGCGACAAGGCCUCCUUCUUUAUGCACCUUAAGCUUGCCAGUGACACGCUGCAGGACGCGGCAAGGCGGUUUGCCUACGAGCGCUUCGGCCCGGACAUUGUGGAAUGGCAAAAGUGCGUCACCAUCAGAGACUUUGUCAGUCGGGGCGUCCUGGGCGGUAUUCUCCCCCACUAUGCCGUUGCUGCCGCCACAAUCUACGUCCUCGGCCUCUUUGGCUACAUGGAGUUUGGCAAGUUUCACCGCUGGCUGAUCCUAAUCACCCUCUGCGUCUUUGAGGUCCAUGUUGUCACGCGGCCGGCGUUCCCCCUCGUCGUUGACGUGGUCAACGCCCUCAUCACGCGCGUUUCUUCCCGUGCGCCGUACCUGCCGUUCCAGGCCAUCCAGCUCGCCCGGAAGCUCACCAUUACCGUCUACAUCGGACUCGCACAGAUUGGACCCCUGCUGGUGCAGCAGACGCGGCCCGGCAGCCGGGCCGCCCAGGGCGAGGAUAAGGCCCUCGAGCAAGGGCUUCAACGCUUGGACGCCGUCGUCAACCAGCUCAACACGGAAACCAGCCGGCUGGUGGCCAUGGAGAUGGCGCCCUUCAAAGGCGAUGCCGGCGCCGUCAGCAAUCUCCAAGGCAAGAUGCAAGAGUGGCUGGUCCAGAACACGCUGCGCUCCGAUCCCAUGGUGCGGGAUGCGCUGGGUACUUCCUUCAGGAAGAGGCGGAUAGACGCGCCGAGCGGGGCCAAGGGCAACCGAUAG